CUUAACUAAACACCGCGACAAACAAACAAACAACAUCCCAUCAACCACAAGAUGCCCACCCCUCACCUCCCCCAGCUCCAAGACACCCUGCUCUCGAGCUCCUUCGACUCCCUCCACUCCCUGGACUCCCCCACCGCCUCGGAAUACAGUACGUCCCUCCUCCACCACCACCACCGCUACCAAAGGCAGCACCCCCUACCCCCCAUCCCGGAUCUCCGCUUCGAGCAGAGCUACCUGAACAGCAUCGCCGCGGCGAACGGCGUGUGGUGGAAGGUACUGCUCAUCACGAUGAAGGACCAAGUGCUCCUGCCGCUGCUGCAGGGUCUCGGGUACAAUUUGGUGCUUAUUGGGUGGAAGGGGUGGAAUUUGGGGGCUGGGUGGGGUGGGAGGGGGGUUGGUUCGAGGCUUCGGGGAUGGUGGUGGGGGGUUAAUUAUUGGGAGGGGAAGGCAUGAUAAUAUGAUACUGGUGGGGUAUAGCUGGAUGGGGGGGGUUUUUUUUUAAAAAAAAAAGAAAAAUUCAAGUUUGUCCUCCAUGCCAUGCUGUGUUUUUAAUAUGAGUUGGUAUAUGGACGGGUAGUUAUCGUAUUACCCUGCA